CACGAAACAUCUCGCGAGAGCAGAGCAGCGCUGUCUCGUGACGUCAAGUGUGCCAACUGUCGUAAAAGCACAUGGAAGAAGGACAAAGAAGUGAAGGCGGACGCUAAUAAAACGGGAGCAAAGUGUGAGGAGGAACUUUCCAAAAGAAAAGAGGAGGACAAUCAACUACUGGACGCUGUUUUCAAGAAACAUCAAGUUGUGUUACACAUAAAAGACGUCCAGCAGGUGUCAGCAGAGAGUCAUGAAGAGAUUCCCUCCAAGCAGCAGGAGUGGAGCUCCAGUGUGGGACAAAAGGAGCUACAGGCCCCCUCCCACAUUAAAGAGGAAGAGGAGGAACUGUGGGAGCAGCUUCAAAGGUUGGAGGAGGAUAAUGAUGAAGAUGAAGCUCAGUCCUUACAGCUUCAUCACAGUCAAAGUGAGGAGAACAGAGGGGCGGAGCUUGUAAGUCAACACAUCACAGAAGCUGAUGGAGAGCAUUGUGAAGAUAUAAAGUCACAACCAGACAGCAUCUUUGCUCCACUGUCAGACAUGGACCACAUGAUGUCACACUCUUCUGAUCACAGUGACCACAUCCAAAAACCUUUGGAGAGUAAAAAUUACUUUAAAGGUGAUACAAGACAUCACACUAACAACAAACACUUUGACUGCUCUGAAUGUGGGAAAUCAUUUAGACUGAAGACUGAUUUUACAAGACACAUGAGAAUACAUACUGGAGAGAAACCUUUUACUUGCUCUGUUUGUAAAAAAAGUUUCUCCACAAAGCAACACAUGACCACACACAUGAGAACACACACUGGAGAGAAACCUUUUACUUCCUCUGUUUGUAAGAAGAGUUUCUCCAUUAAGUCUGCCAUGACCAGACACAUGAGAACACACACUGGAGAGAAACCGUUUACUUGCUCUGUUUGUAAGAAGAGUUUCUCCAGAAAGUCUAACAUGUCCUCACACAUGAGAACACACACUGGAGAGAAACCUUUUACUUGCUCUGUUUGUAAGAAGAGAUUCUCCACAAAGUCUAACAUGUCCUCACACAUGAGAACACAUACUGGAGAGAAACCUUUGACUUGCUCUGUUUGUAAGAAGACUUUCUCCACAAAGCCUAACAUGUCCGCACACAUGAGAACACAUACUGGAGAGAAACCUUUUACUUGCCCUGUUUGUAAGAAGCAUUUCUCCACAAAUCUUGUCAUGACCAGACACAUGAGAACACACACUGGAGAGAAACCAUUUAGUUGCACUGUGUGUGAUAAGACGUUCUGGCAUAAGUAUCAGGUCAGUAAACACAAGUGUGUAACAGUCAUGGAAGCUGCAGGGAUUUAAAAACACUUAGUGAUUGUGCUAAAUGUACUUUAAAAACACAGCAUGUUUAAUAUGAAUGUAUAUUUGAUGUUGUAUGUAGUGCCUCUCAUCUUCUACUGUUAAAUUUAAAGGCCUACUGAAAGCCACUA